AUGCCGCAAAUGAUUCAUGUCACGGCAGUCGAAACCGCCAUCAAGCCAUGUCUCAGCCAUCCCGUUCUGCCUGAAAGCCGUCAGCACGGCAUUUCAAAGCAGCUUUCCGGCAUCUUUGAAACGACUGGUCAAUGUAUAUUUGCGGUUGCUUACGGCAAGUCAAUUCGGCAAGCACUGAACAACCAACACUGUACCAUGGAGAGGGUAUUGAUUAUCGGAACCCGUAGUGUGCUUCCUCUCGGUGUUGUUCACGAAAUCCAUGCGCGAACAGGGAAAGCCUCGGCUGAUUGA